UCGGAAGCAUGCAGAGGACUGGGACAUUUCUGUUUGCGAGGUUGAGGUGGCAGGAGGGUGUAAGGAUCUUCACGAUGACGCAGAAAUGCCUUAAAAGAACAACAAAUGCAGUGAGUUGAUGAAAAGGGGGUAAAAGAAGCCAAAAUAAAAUGGGCACACAAGAAGAAACUCUGGCUGCAUUAGAAAACCUUCUUGAUGAAUUCUUUGCUCCAGCAACUUCAAAUGAUAGAAAAAGAAGCAUUGAAAAUGCUUUAGAUAGUUUUAGUCACCAGGAGGGUGCUUGGAGGCAAUGUAUUUUCUUCUUGCUGAACUCGAAAAAUGAAUAUGUCCACAUGUACUCACUCAGUGUAUUGGAGAAACUUGUCAAUCAGCAAUGGUUUGGCAUGCAGCCAACAGACAAACAAGAGAUUCGCCAAUUUACAACCCAGUUUCUGAUAUCCAAUCACAAAGUUUGUCCAAUGUACAUAAAGAAAAAGAUGGCAAAGGUUUAUGUAAACAUUGGAAGACUAGAUUGGCCCCAGUUUUUCCCUGAUUUUUAUCACAAUAUUUUACAGUUUUUACAGAAUGAAUCGACAAUCGUGCUUGGUUUAUCUAUACUUCAGAUUACUUCAGAGGAGUUUAUCUCACCAAGAGAAGAUUUGAACACUGCAAGAAAACAAGAAUUAAGGACGUUAUUGUUAGAACAAUCAGAUACUACCCUGUCUCGAAUAAUGGAAAUUCUUGAUGCAGUGACAUUAAAGAUGAAACGAAACAAUGCAUGCACACCACCACCAUCUCCAAAUAAUCGAUCGCCUUUUGGCUCUCCUUGUGGCUCCCCUACGCACAACAGAAGUAAAUCUCCACUUUUAGGGACUACGGAGUCACCAUCUAUCAGUUCAAACCAAUGGCUGCCUGUAAGCGCCAUCAAACAAGACCUCUCAGUACUACAAACACUGGAUUUGACUUCGGAAGAGAUUGUUAUUUCUUCUCUUAGCUGUAUAAACCAUUUCUUUAGUUGGAUGCCAUUGUCGAGUGUUCUGUCGCCAAAUAUCGUUUCAAAAUUCUUUCUUUUUGCCGAGUACGGAUGUGCUGGUCUUUCAAAUGGAAGUAGUGAUCACAAAUGUAAUGAAAUAGGGUGCCUAGCGAUGAAUUGCAUCAAUGAAUUGAUUUCAAAGAAUUAUUUUCCGACGGAAUACGAAAGCUUCUUGGUAAAAAUGUUUCAGCAAACAUUUACUUUGCUACAGCAGCUAACAAAAAGCCCUUCUGGACAGGACCAAGCUGGAAUUCUCGCAAAACUGGAUGAGAAUUACCUGGAGAAGUUUACUGAGUUCCUUUCGUUGUUUGUCAGUAUCCAUCUGAAAAGGUUUGAGCCUAAUAAUCAUUUCCCAACGGCAGAACUGCUCAGCCUGUUGGUCAAAUACACUUUGCUUCAGCCUACAGUCAACGGUUUCUUUCGUGGUUUGGAGAUAUGGUCAACGUUUCUCGACUAUUUACUGGAUAAAGUUGGCAGCUAUAAGGAAACGAAUGGAGUAAAGAAUAACGUUAGAGAAAAGUAUUCUGCUAUACUGAUGGAGUUACUUGAGAAAUUGCUCCUGAAACUGCAGCUCCGGUAUAAUGACGUUCAGCUAGAUGAACUAGACGAAGACGUAGCUGAGAACGAGGUUGAAAGUGAGAGAGCCAGAUUCAUUCGAGAGUGUUUGGAAGUUGUGUCGAAAAUCGCGGAAAUCUUCCCAGAUGAAGUCGUCGUGAAAAUAAUGGAAGUUCUGCAGCCCAAUCUUGAUAUUUAUUUUGGUCUUGCAAGUCACGUUUCGGAUCAUUCCCUUUCAGCAAGAAGAUUGGAUAUCACAUCAGAAGCUGAAAUCCAAAACCUUCAUAAAUGUCUCAAGGAUAUUGGUACUUUCCUUCAGGCAAUGGGUCGGCUGGCUCAUCUUUUUGUUGGGGAUGAGAAUUUCAACAGAAAGCUACAAGACGGACAAGUUAUUUUUGAACGGAUUUGUCAACUGGUUUUAUUUGGAACAUAUUACAAGCUUUUCUCAAUAAAAAAUGCCCAACCAGACAUUAUAACGAAAGAUUUUGUUAAUGUCCACGCCCAUGGAUUGUCUUGUUUGCAAGCUUUCUCGCACUGGUUGGAAUUGUUCAAUUUGGAAUCAAAACGCCAAAACAAUGAUUCUGCUGAUAAAUUCAAGUCGAUCACAGUCUCGGUAUUGGAGGGAACACUGCCACUUCUUCAGUCGACCAUUCCCCUUCAGAUUCUGUUAGCUGCAUCACAUUUGUUGAAUUCCUUAACGACAUCAGUCAGACCGCAGUUCUUCCUGGCUUUAGAAAUUGUUCAGAAAUUCUAUGGGACAAUGAAUGCUGGUGGCCUGGAAGCGUUGCCACUAAAUAUCCAAGUGUUGAUAAGCUGUGCUUUAUCCAAUACUUUUGUGUUGACGUGGCCAUUAGUGCCUCAAGAAAAUCAAGAAUGGGAGAUGCGUUCUUCAUAUCACAAGAGCCUGGUCAGCAUGUUCACCAGGGAGUAUCAGCAUCUGCCAGAAAUCAGAGUCUUGUCAUCGAAUUUUGAAGAAAGGAAUCGAUGUAAAGAUUUCAUCAAAAGAAUCUGCUGUAUACUGUCUGGAAUCGUAGAGACAGUCUCUGACCAAGGAACAAAGUCCAAGACUAUAGUUCAACAGUCGACUCAAGAUGCUAUUCAGAUAGCAGCAGAUCUUUUCCCAGUGUAUCUUACUCAAACAGAUGUUGCUGAACAAAUUCUCAGUUUGCUCCUCGUGACAGUGAAAAGUUUGAAAAUUCAAGUCGGGGUCAGUUUUGUACAAAAUAUUAUCCAACAGUUGCUUGGAUUGCUCACGAGGGAACAGAUUACCAAAAUUGUGGAAGAAAACAACGAUGCUGGUUAUCGAGUUAUUGAGAAAUUUAUGAAAAUGCUUGAAUUUGUCGUCCAAGAACACGAGUCGUCAUUCAAGAAGCUUAUUCCAAGUAUUAUCGAAUUCGUUUUGCAUCAAGUCAUGCCAAUUAUACGCAAGUUCCCAGCUCCUGAUAUCAACAUCAUGGUUCUGGAACUUCUUCAUCAACUGCUUAUUCAUAACUGGCGAUUUUUCUUCAAGUCUAACGUCGUUUCGAAAAUGUCCGGAGAAGACUCCAUGGAACAUGAAGACCUUUUUAUGUUAAUAAUCAAGGAAAUUGGUCAGGCAUUGAUGGAGAAUGAUAUUUUAAUGUUCAAGAAGUCUUUGGAAAUAAUGCAGAGUUUGAAUGAAAAGUAUAAACUUUACACAAAGCACGUCUUUCAGGCCAACUUGCUUUCUACUUUCCUUCAAGUGUUGUUAGACUCACUGGUCAACCAGUCACAUGACCUCCUAAAGGAGGACAUUAUAAUCACUAUUCACACAAUGGCGUCAGUCGAUUUGAGGGCCUUCAACUCGGAAUUUAUGCAGCAUUACCUAUUGCGUUGUCAAGGAAUAACUGAUCAUCAGAAAAGUGACAUGCUUAAAGCCUUCCAAAACCAAGAGGAUUUGCCAUCGUUUAUCACAGCACUACAGCGUUUCUUCAGUGACUUCCGUUAUUAUCAGCUAAUAAACAGUAGCAUACCAAAUUCUCCUUUACGCCUAUAGCAUUUGUGGAAUUCAGUAAUCCUUUUAUUACGAGCUGUAUUGAUAAACGGUCGCUACCUCAAUAUUUGUUGAAAGCAUUCAUUGGUUGCUCAAGAACCUAAAAAUUGUCACUUUUUACACAUUUUUACAAUCGCCAUUAAAGAGUUUUUUUAACUUCUAUAAAUUGUGUUGGCUACAGGUAGAUACAAUUUCCUCCUCUUCCUUGGCCCUUCGGGUUCCGUAGCCUUAACUUCGUAUAUGCAAACUACGUAUUUCGUAAUUUUUUGAAACUAUCGUCUUUUAAGGCAGAAGCCAGUGGGCUGUCUGAAGUGAGGCAACUAUCCUCAAUGCUAGUUGAACAGCUAUGGAUUAAAAUCUCAUCAUUGCUUUUGGCUGCUGUUGGAACCCCCCCCCCCCCAAUUGUUGUAUAUGAUUACCUUUUGUAGUUCUGAAACGCCUUUAUCGCCGGAAACAUUUUUUGUAGCUAUUUGUAGCUCGGAAUCGUUAAAAAAUGAUUGAUCAAUCAUCAUAGCUACUUUUUGUUCAAUUCUUGAUUUUGCGAGUUGCAUACACAUUAAGAGAUAUCUGCAUUUGUGUUUCUAUUGACGAUUAUUGUCUCUAAUAUGCGCGUGAUAUUUAUUAAAUAGAAUAGUUUUUUGAUAAACAUUUUCUGCACUAAAUGCUUCUUAUUAAGAAAAGUUUAGAAAUCGUCCUUAUAUCUUGAAUUAAUAGCAAUAUUAUUGGGCCAAACCUUCCCCUCACAGCUCAACCUCCCUAGCAGCUCCACCUUCCUUGCUCCCCUAGCUGCUCAACCUUCACUAGCAGCUAACCUUGCCCUUGCCAUAAACAAUAGUUUUUCUGCCGCUCGCCUUUUAAGCUCAUUUGAUUUAGAGAAUUUUAUUCAGCUAGUAAGCAUUCUUCUCUAAAACAAGGUAAUCCUUUUUUUAAGAAGAAACCCUUAAGGUCCUGUAAAGUUCAUUACAAAUGAAAGUAUACACUUUUAGGGAACUUCUCAUUUUCAAGGAAGUAUUUUUAAAAAACAACAGUAUCAAAGGCAUAACGACAGCUCCAACUUACAAACAGGAGGAUUAUUAAAGUCCACUUGACCAAAAACCCCAUUACCACUGUCUCCGGGAAGUAGGGAAUGCAUCUUAAGAACAAAAAAAUCACCGUCAUAUUGCUUACUGAAGAGAUUCGCUUCUAGCAUUUGGAUAAGAAACGAAAUGGUGUAAAAAUCUUUAUUUUUCCUAUUAUAAGCUGAAUGGUCACCAGUCUUUUCAGUGAUACAGGCCUCUAUAGUAUAAAAUAUAUAUAUAUCCCAGGGAUAAGAAUAUAAUAUUCACUUACUAGGCCGUCUACAGUAAGAGUAUCCAUAUCUCCCAGGUGUAAGAAUAUAAUAUUCACUGUUGAGGCCCUCUGCAUUGAGAAUAUUUUUACGUCCAAGUUAAAAUUUAGUCUUUAAGUGCGGAUGUUUUAUGUCAUAUUUGAUGCCAUAUUUAUUAAUGUUUCUGUAUCACUCAUUUAUCGUGAGAGUUAAAACUAAACUGAUAUUCUUCCGUUGUUUUCGAUCAAACGAUCUGUUUUCGUGCUGAUAAGUUUAAGAGUAGUAUUAUUUGUAAGGUUGGUACAGUUUGCUUGGUAUUAGCCAAGGCAGCCUUCAUUCGUUUGUAUUGUGGUGCAUGUAUAGCAGUGACCGUACUCAACUGUUUGGAGAGUUGCUUAGUGUCUUUUGCUAAAAACUAUUAAGAACAGUAGUUAGCUAGUGUAUUUUGAACAGGGUUAGAUGAUUUAUCAUUCAGAAGUAGAUUUUAUAACUAUCUUGACUUUGAAAUAAAAUAUCUCACAUGGA